CUCGGAAUAAUAGGCGGAUUGGUUGGCGCCGCUGGCUGCAUCGCUAUCCACACCGCGAAGCAGCAGCUGUUCCAUUCGCCGUCGGUUCAGGUGACGAAGCAGAAGCGAGAGUGCAUUCCGGAGGUGGAUAAUCCCGACGCGGUGAUAAAAUCGGCCAGUAAAUUCGAGAACAAGUCGUUCCUACGGAAAAUCGCGCACAUCCAGGGCAAGGAGAGCAUUCCUCACAGUCGACGUCCGCAAAAUCGGGAAACUGAAACAUUAAAAUCAAUCGGAAUCAACAAAUGAAACGGCGAAUCGUUGGAGCAUCAGAUCACGAUCCGUGGAGAAACGCAUCCAGAUCAACAAUAAACAGAAUAAUCACCGUACCAGGUAAACCGCUCUGCCAUUUUUGAAUA